GACGACGGUAUCUUCUGACUGUUGCAGAAUCCCUGGCAUGCGUAGAACGGAGGACGAGUCGGGCGUAGGGCUCGUUCCGAGGCUAGCAAAGGGAUCAAAGGAGACGGCUCGUCUGACCGCUCUCGGGCGGUUCGACGGCCGGUAAGCAGCGCGACAAGGCGAGUGUAUCCCUUGCUUCCUCGGCCUACGACCAGCAACCCUCCCGUCCGUCACCGUUGACGAACAACAGAACAGAUGUCCUGACAGCGGGCCCCGGGCCACCAGGAUGCCGACAGACGACGACUAUGGCCGAAGAGAUCGUCUCCUGUUGCACCAGCACCCGAUCGCUCAGUACGGGUCCUCGUCAUCUUCGCUUCUCGCAUCGAGCGUGCCAAGUUCCAACGUGGUGGAGCUUCAGAUCGGUCCCAGUAACUCCAACGAUUGCUUCAAGCAGCAAGUUCAGCAGCAACAGCAACAGCAGCAGCAGCAACAUCAGCAUCAGCAACAGCAGCACCAGCACCAACAACAACAACAACAGCAGCAACAAUCGCAAUCCGACUUGCGUGCGGUCGCGAAUGCGACUGCAAGCCAAUUGGGCCCGGAGCGCUAUCAGUCGGAUCAACAGAUCCAAAGUAACGAGCAUGUCGGGGUCCGAAUGGUCGAUCGGCACGAGAAGUCUACGGAGAAGCCCACGAUCGACUUCUCAAAGUGUGGAGAGAGUCGUGCGUCGAGCUGCGACCGCUUUGGGCAUUAUCAGGUCCAGGGCGGCGAGCAUGCGGCGGGUCGGAUGGGCGUCGAGCGGCAUGAGAAAGCCGCGGACAAGUCUUCUGUCGAUUACGCUAAAUGUGGAGAAGUUCGUCAGUCGAGCUGCGAGCGUUACUGCGCGCAUUAUCAGGUCCAGAACAGCGCGAGUCAGGCCCACGUCGUGGUGGGUGCUCGAAUGGCCGAACGACACGAAAAACAGUGUCCGACACCAGCACCGUCCGUGUCCGACAAGCCAACAUCGAUCGACUUCGCAAAAUGUGUCGCCGACGGCCGACAGUCGAGCUGCGAGCGUUUCGGCGGGCAUUAUCAGACUCCGACGUUCGGUCAGUCCCCGUUACAAGGACACUACGGCGCGGGCGCGGCGCGACCGGCCGAUCGCUUCGCACGCUUCAACGACCUCAGCGCGCUGCACGCUGGAGCGACGGAGCAACGGGGGGGUGUGGUGGUGCCACCACCGACGAAUGCGGAUCGUUACUCGAUCUGCAACUCGGAGUUGCGUUUCGAUACGGGUACGACGAGCGGCACGACGAGCGAGCCUAGCGAGUAUGCGAACGCGAACGUCCUUGCAAGUACCUUUUCCACGGAGACGUUCCCGUCGCCGCCGUCGCCGGCGCCAGCGAACGACCGCUUCGUCCCACCGCCGCCAUUGUCGCCCAGCCCGAGCGAGAAGUACGCCUCGAGCCAGAGUCUGGCUGGUUACUCUGGUACUGAUCGCGUUCUGCCCCCCAAUUCUCCGGGGCCCAAGUACGGGGUCGGCGGUACUGCCCCAGCAUCGCCAAUGCCCUCCAAGGAGCGCUUCACCUCCGCCGAACGGCUACUGGCCGGUCAGCAGUCACUCGCAGGCAGCGACUGCGCCAAGGAUCAGCAACGCUACGCUGGACCAUCCGAUCGCCUGCUCUCAGGCUCCUCACCAGUCUUGGGCGGACUGCAGACUGGAUUGCAAGCCGGAUUCCAGAGUAGCGGCCUCUACGCUAAGGACACUCGUUACACCGCCAUUUCCGCCGAUAGGUUACUAUCCUGCUCGCCGAUACACGCUCCAGUACCAGAGAGGUUCGCCGGCAAGUCGGAUCGGUACCUGGUCGAGUCGCCCAUUCACGACAGGUAUCCUCGACAGGAUCCGCCAACGACGACACAUCAUGAACGAUAUUCGAUAUCGAUGGCGACGGCCACCGAGAGGUUUCUCUCGAACUCGUCUAAUCCUGAGAGCGCGCAUCAGCGUUAUUCAUCGACGUCGGAUCGUUCGUCUCUUCAAAGCACAUCCAACGGCGCCGAGCAAACUAGACGUCUCUGCAGCGACAGAGGCGUCGAGACAAUCUGCCAAAAGUAUUCGACGGACCGAUCAUCCAGUUCCCCGGUGUCCGCCGACUUCGGCCGAUACACCGGCUUUCCGGUGGAGGUCGGCACCACCAGUCAGAUGCGAUACCUGUCCAGCAACGACCGUUUCAACGACCUUGCGCUGCAGCGAUGCAGCCAGUCGCGCUCGUCGGCUGACAGGUUCUCCAGCGACCGUUACCUCGCCGGAUCGUCACCUGCGCACGACGGCAGGUUAUCUAGCGCCGAGACACCGCGUUACAUCGUCUCGUCCACGGAACGUUUAUUGGCGCCGACGUCCUCCUCGCCGUCCUCCUCCUCGGAGACUGGCGCCAGAUACCACUCACUUUAUACGACUACCACUGGCACCCAAUCGUCAGCGUCCAGCGAUCGUUUCGUAUCAAUAUCACCGACGCCCGAAGUGUCACCGAACGUUCAUCGUAGCAGUUACCAAAACACAAAGAACAUUGUCGACAAGUACCUGGUCUCAAAAUCAGUCCAAAGUAACUACGAUCGUUACUCAGUCGGCAGCCAAAACGAUCAUCAAUUCGGUCAAGACCGGUAUUUCACGUCUGGAGGUGGUAACGAACGAUUUCAGACCUCCGGAGCUGACCGUUUUCACGCUGCUUCCGAUCGCUACUCGCCGGUGCGCAGUGUUACCGACAAGUACCUAUCUUUACCGAAGCCCAAAGACAGGUUCACCGGCCGUAUAACACCCAUCUCUUGCGCCACCGCCGUUGCAACGUCAUCCACCGAUCGUUCCUAUGGUUCGUCCGGUGUGAGCUACGUGCCCCCGACCGCGCACACUCCCGUCGAGCGAUACGUACCACAGCCACCCCCGGAAGUGCUCUACCCGGAUAGGUUCGUGGACAGGUAUGUGCCGCCGGCGGCGCACACACCGACUGAUCGAUAUGUACCCGCGAGCGAUCCAGGUGAUCCGUAUAUGCGUCGAGACCUCGGUUUUCACCAUCAUUACCGGCUACCGCCGCCCGCUGGUUACCCGUACCAGACGCACUUCCGCUUCCGUGGGUUCGCAUACGCCGCGUCCGGUCGGCUUGGUGGCAGCCCUGGCUCCAGCAGCUCCAGCAGCACAACAUCCAAUCAACGGGAGACCUUCGCCACGUCGCCGUUGCUAAGACCCAAAGUGCGCGCGUCCACGGUCGAAUUCAGUAGCGCCGUCGGCGGUGCCGCAACCACCACGGCGACCGCCGGUGUCGGUCGUCAUAUGUGCGCGAACCCGGUCGAUUGCUGCGGAGACACAUCCGCGAACGCAAGAGCCUGUUGCCAGAUGAGGAGAUCCCUACCGCCUGGAACGCUUCCUACGAUACCCGUACAGACUUCAUCGUGGCAACCAUCGCCGAGUUCGGGCACCACCGGUACCUCUACGGUGUCGUCGACGACCGGCGAGAGCGACGCAUCCCAGAGCAUCAGCAUGUACCCAAUGGGCGUCGCAACAUCCGUCGCCGCGACGACGGCAACGCCGGUGACCACGACGACUUCAGUAACGACGUCGGUGCCGUUGACUGUUACCUCUGCCACUGGAAGCCACACUGGUAUCGCGAGGAGUGUCUCCGCACCGAGUGUGCCGCGUCCGGUUAUUCAGAUCAGCAGUUCUUCAGUGAGUGCUUCGGCAACGCAACGACCGAGGCUAAGGAGAAACCUCAGCCGCACCGAGGCCAUUCGGAAUUACAUCAGACGAGAGACGGCACAGUUCUUUGGAGUUGACGAGGAAUCGGAAGCUCUUGAGAAGCAGAGAUGGUUGGACCGACGGCGGCGUAUGGCGUCGAGAAAGUACGGCGCGCUUGUACCGGAACACAGGCCGCCGGAUCCGGACAUCACCAGGGACGUGCCGGACACGACCGAGAUACCGGAAGGUGUUACGCUCAGACGAUGGCAACAACCAGUACGAAGGAAAGAUUCUGUCGCGAGGAUAACACUGUCGGGUCUCCAUUAUAUCGUCGAGUCACUGACGAAACAACGUCCUCGCGAACGCUCGCAAUCGCGUUCAGAGUCCCGUAGCUUCCCACCGAGCGUGAUCGCGUACCUGUCGAGGUCAGAAAGGAUGCCGUAUCCCGAUAACAGCCAAGACGAAGAGGAAUCCUUCUUUGAGAGACCACCGCCACCUCCACCACCCCUUCCGCCACCACCAUCGUCUCAACAGUCGCAAACGCAAGUCGAUCAAGCCUCCAGCGGACUGGUCAAGGAUGAAGAGAUUGGAGUCAAGGUCACGGACAUCCUCGAUAGUGUGCAGAAUCGCGAAGGGAUUAGUUCCGAAGAAUUGGUCGGGUUUGCACAGCAGAAGGACGACAGGACAACGAUCGACGGACAAGUCAGACGACCCCGUCAGAUCACGAGGGACCAUUAUACUUCCAGAAAGACAAGUUGGAGCAGGUCGAAGUACGAUGCGCCCCCGGCGGAAGGUACACGAGUGCCGCACGACGAAGGCAUGACUCUUAGAAGGGAGUUAGCCGGUGCCACGAGGAUCUCCCCGAGCACGAUCGAUCGCGUCUUCGACAACAGUAAUCGGCGACAAUACGGAAUGGGCAUCGUCGGUCGCUUCUUCGGGCGAUCUUUCCGGAAGAGUGUUGCGCGCAAACCAGACGUAAAGAAACAAUUGGAUGACUUCGAGGAUCACCGACCAUAUUUCACGUACUGGAUUACCACUGUACAAGUGUUGAUUCUUAUAAUAUCAUUAGCGUGUUAUGGAUUUGGUCCCGUUGGAAUGGAUCUCAAGCAUCGAUCAGGACUAGUUCUCGUGACGAGUCUGUCGUUGCAACAAGUCGACUACCAGGAACCAGCGAAUUUCUGGCUGGGUCCGAGAGCCGCAGACCUGAUCCAUCUGGGCGCCAAGUUCGCGCCGUGUAUGCGCCGAGAUAUUAAGAUCCUGAAAGAGAUUGAUGUUUGGCGGGAAAGAGAACGAGACACCGCAUGCUGCAUCAGGAAUGAUGAUUCAGGCUGUGUCCAGUCCAGUAAAGCCGACUGUUCGGUCCGGGGAUUAAGGUCUACCGUUACGAACACAAUCUCGACCUGGAAGAAAUGGGGACCCGGCGAUAGUGGACCUGGCGGUCGCAUUAGCGGGUCAGUGUGCGGCUUGGACCCAAAGUUUUGCGAUGCCCCGGCGAGUAUCGCGCCCUACGAAUGGCCGGAUGACAUCACGAAAUGGCCCAUUUGUCGGAAAACUAAUCCUUUCAACCAACGCUUUAGCAAAAACGGGAGUCAACGAGGCAACGGCAACUUUCCCGUCGGUCGCUACAAGGAUAAGAUGGCGGAGCAUAUGGUAUGCGAAGUAAUAGGUCAUCCGUGUUGCAUUGGGAUUCAUGGAAUGUGUCGGAUCACUACGAAGGAAUAUUGCGACUUUGUCCACGGUUAUUUUCAUGAGGAAGCAUCCCUGUGCUCGCAGGUGGAGUGUUUGCACGACGUUUGCGGCAUGAUACCAUUUCUGCAUCCGGAGUGGCCGGACCAGUUUUAUAGACUCUUCACCACUACCUUCCUUCACGCCGGAAUCGUGCAUUUGGCAAUUACGUUGCUGAUCCAAUACUUUCUGAUGAGGGAUUUAGAGAAGCUGACGGGAUCUUUGCGCAUUGCCUUCAUUUAUUUUAUCGGUGCUCUAGCUGGAAAUUUGGCUAGUGCGAUCUUUGUCCCUUAUAGGGCAGAGGUUGGUCCGGCUGGCGCACAUUUCGCGCUCUUGGCUACACUGGUAGUCGAGGUACUGCAUUGUUGGCCCAUGCUGAAGCAUCCACGACGUGCAUUAUCCAAGUUGAUCCUGAUUCUGAUGGGGUUGCUCGUAUUAGGCAUUCUACCGUGGGUGGACAACUAUGCGCACCUGUUUGGCUUUAUCUUCGGUUUUCUGGCGGCCUACGCGUUGAUGCCAUUCAUCUCGUUCGGCCAUUACGACCGCAGACGAAAAAUUCUGCUGAUUUGGAUCUGUUUAAUCCUGAUUAUGGGCCUGUUCGCGUUACUCCUCGCCCUAUUUUACAACGUACCGGUGUACGAAUGCGAGGUGUGCAAGUUAUUCAACUGCGUGCCAUUCACUCGCGACUUCUGCGCCUCCCAGAACAUCAAUUUCAAGCGGGAGGAGCCAGUAUGACACAUGGGGCCGCGGUUCACAGUCGAGCACAAAGUUGUUCCGUUCGGCCCCCAGUCUCACGCUCCUCAUCAUCGCGCAUACCACCACGAUCCGUCAUUCGCGUUCGCUGUGCUCGUUCUGGCGAUGCUUCUCGUCAAUAUUCCCGAAGCCGCGAAAUCUCUUAAAAUUGAUUAAACGAUCUCUUUGUUCGAUGGCUAACCAAAACUCGAGAUCUAAUUCACUACAAUCUGACAUCGUAAGCAACAAAACUGGAAAUUAUUAGAUGUCCGAAAAAAAGUGUUUUGAAUCUUUGAGGAAGCUAAGAAAGAAAGAGAUGUAGAAAGAGCAGAAGAUAUCUAAGGAAGUUGAGGGAAAAUUUAGAAGAAGGGCUUUUUAAGUUUAUAAAAUUGGGAGACAAGUUAAGAAAUUGAGAAAAAUACUUUUCUUCGUCUGUUUAAUUACUGGAAGAGUAUUAGAAUCCAAAAAUCAUCCAGAAGAAGGAAAAAUUUAUAAGAAAGAUAUUAUGGAUUUUUCUCGAAAUAAACGAUUCGAGAUGAGAAUCGGAGAAUCAGAUAAUCGCUAGCCUCUUCCAUGAAAUUGAAAAAGAAAGGUAGAGAGAGAGAGAGAGAGAGAGAGAGAGAGAGAGAGAGAGAGAUGAAAAAUGUUUCUUUGUUUCUAAUAUUUAUAUAAUAAUCUGAGACGUUAAACUUCCGAGGUCAUCCGAGAUAACGUUAGCCAGGUUGCAACGUCACGGAAUAUGAGCUUUCGGAACGGUCCUUCCACUCGAUGACCGAGCCACCGGGCGAUGAAGUCGGAUUUGGAUUACCGAAGCUUCUGAAAGAUUUCGCCAUCCUGAAGUUCAAUCUCUUCGAAGUCGUGGAGUUUAUCGAGCCCGGAGGAUUGAAUUCAACAUUCUUAUAUCGUUCGUUCUAUCUAAACAGGUGAUACCGAAAGAUGCGAUUGAGGGGCAUGGGGGUUUGAUAGUGCCUGGAUCGAGCGGGUGAAGGUCGUGGAUCCCGACCGACAUUUUCGUUACUGCCAACGAACGUCAGAGAGGAACUCGUGUUCGUCGACGCACGACGAUGCCUUAACAUUAUUAAGUCCCAGCGUAGUGGAUGGUUCCCGACGUGAGAUGGUCGGAACUUUGCGGACCCUAAGGAUUUGGGUCCAGAACUAUUAAAUCGCCGAUGGAGUGUAAAUAUAUAGGUCUUCAGUGCCGCGGGACGCGAUGACGAUUGGGUGCUCGCUUCAUGGAUCACAUCUCGAGAUCCGUAAAUCCUCGAUGGAACUUGGCGUGACCGUAACAUUCAUCUCUUCGAGGAAGUUAAUAAAAAGGUGGAGAAGGAGAAGGAGACAAGGAUAAACAUGAGAAUAGGAAUGAAGAUGAGAAAAAAGAAGACAAGGAGAAGGAGGAGAAGGGGCAAAUGUAAAUAGCAUCAAGUCUUGUUACAUACCGUUGUAAGAGCGACCUUAGUAAGCUAACUUUAGAGAGAACCUUGAAAGUGCGCACGUCUUUCGUCUCUGCACGAUAUAGUACCCCGCACCUCCGACAUCCGGAACUAUUGUCUGUGAUGGCUUGAUCUUGGAGAUAUUUUUCGUAGCACCGCCAACGGCCGCGACGAUGUUGGCCGCGAGCCUUCCUGUAGGGACGACCCGAGAAUGAUCACUGUCUGGACACCAAUCGAUAACUCGCUCGAUAGAAUUACUGAAGAAUGACUGUGUGAGGAGGAAGGAGAUGAAGAGUGUAAAGUUCUCGAAAUAUGUAGCGUAUACGAAGAAACACGAGCUCUGUCGUUUCUCAAGAGCACAUAUACAUUUUUCGUGCUUAAACGUAAUUAUCGAGAAGAGGACAACAAAACAAUGCAAAAUGUACAUCGUAUAGUCGAUAUUUUGAGGCGUGACAUAAAGCUCACUAAUUUUUCAUCACGACUUCUCGAUUUGUGUGCCAUCACUAAUAGGAUUAUAAUUUGACAUUGAUGAAAGCUAAUUCGUAAAUUUUUAAUAAGACUCUGAUUUAUUAAUUCAGUUACAAUGUGUAACACACAUAAUGUUGCAGUUUGUAAUGUAUCUGACAAUGCCAAUUUCCAUUACACCCAAUGUCAGUGCUAAUGCUAUUUAAUAACUUCACAUCUCAAUAUUGCAUAUUGAUUAAAACAGUUACAAGAGUGUAAUGCAAAAUGUGGCGUGUAAUAACGAUAUAUAACAAUGACAAUGGCUGAACAACAAUUGUGGACUGAGGUGUUCGAUCGGUAUCCAGAUAGAUGAAUUCUUGUUGAUGCUAGGAGGCAGGGGGAGAUCCGAAGCAGAGGAGGCGGGAGGAAAGUGUUAACGACUUAAGGCGAAACGAAUCAAUUUUUUAUAACGGCGUGAGAGAGAGCGAGAGAAAGAGUGGGAGAGCAAGGAUGACGCGUAUAUCAGAAUUCUUAAUCAAUCUCGAAGUCUGUAAAUAUAUAUAUCUGAGAGAAAGUGCUAGGGAAUGAAAGGGAACAGAAGAAAAAGGACGCGAGAACGACGAGAGGAAGAGGCGCACGAAACAUAUACGCGAAGCGAUUCGACGAUUUCACUCCGGGGAUUGAGAUCUGUGUAUUUUCUCAGUAAGUUUUCCUUAGACGCGCUGAUGCAUCCACGAAUGUUUAUUGUACUCGCGACAACACAGAGCGAAUCACACAUGAAAUUUCUUUGUACAUGUAUGUGACACAGAAAAUCGAAUUCGUCGAAAGAAAUUAUGCCGAUUUCAAUUCCUAUUUCAUUCAAAUCAUUGCAUACGCAUGUACACGCACAUGUACAGAUACCGCGAUAAUCGUUUAUAUAUAUAUAUAUAUUAUUUUUUUCCUUUCUUCAUAGCAACCGUGUCGAAUUAAUAUUAUAGAUUUCGUAUAUGGAAUAAAACUAUAAAUUUCAUGAAUCCGUGAAUUUAUACUCAACCAUGAUUAUCUCUUAAAAAAUGUAUUAUUUCUUUAUUCGGUUUUGCCGAGAAUUGAUUUGAUUGAUGCCGGGGGGAAGAGAGAACAUUCCCAGGAAGUUAAAUUUAGACGGAAGAGUGCCUGAAAGUAAAAUGGAUAAAUUUGCGAUUAGUUGAAAUAAUUGAAGAUAGAAAUUUAAUAUUUUUAAUUCAAUUUUUAUUUAUAAUACUUUUUCAUGCCAAUUUGUAUUAAUCAUCGUCAAUAUUCUCUAAUAAGUGUUUCCUUUCACCGACAAUUUCUUUUUUUGAUUCUCCCCAAAAUAACUCAUAUACUAUACGUAUCUGCGGUAAAAUUUCCGAUUUACAUUCAUGAUAUUGUCAUACAGACACCAGACGCAUAUACACGCACGAUACGAACAUAUAACUUCAUUCAGCAGAACGCAAAUUGCAAACAUCGCCGCAUACAUACAUACAUAUACGCAUGCCAAUUAUCGUCAUUGUUAUUGCUCGCAUUAAAUCGAAAUGACGCAUUCAGAAACUUUGUGAUAUACGACUUGACGAUUGCACGAAAAAGAAGGAGAAAAUGGAUGUGUGUGUGUAUGCGCGCGCGCAUGUGUGUGAGGA